AUGUCUGACGACGGACCCCCUUUGUUGCGGCCCAUUCCCCGCCGCCCCUUCGACUUCAACUACACAAGCCCUACUCCCCCAGAAGACGCCUCGUCCUCCCCAAGCCCGAAUCCCGAGCUUGACUUCUCGAGAUUGCACAAUGGCCAAGCUUCGUCGGAUUCUGGCUCCUUGCCCCGCGCGCAGUCCAUCAUGAACUUGACGUCCUCCACGUUAUUUGGCAUAUACUCUCCGACGACCUAUGGGAGCCGCGACGGCAACGAGAGGGACGAGCCAGAUACACCAUGGGGAACAGGGGCACAAACCCCCAUCAAGCGCCCUAGCGUGGACGACACGACAUUCGAGCUCAUGAAGGAUCGCUCGACUCUGCUGCGCCGACGCUCCUCAUAUCGUGGUGCCAAGCAGCCACCGCCCUCAACUGCAGCCUCUACGCUGUUCACAACCUUCAGAAUAGCCCUUCUGUUCAUCAUUGGCAUGGGAUACGGUGUUAUGGUUACUCGGUUGCAGAACGAACAUCGAUUCUCGUCAUUCCAGGUCGAAAGCAUCAUAAAACCAAGUUAUAACUGGCAAUACCUUUCAUUAUGGGGUCUGUCGGGCGUCGUCCUCGGCGGCCUGCUCCCUUGGUUCGAUGGUGUGUGGGAGGAAACAUUUGGAAAGGAUGAGGAGAUUGCAGAAGAGAGGGAAACCCCGUCUCCUGAAGACGCCAGCCCUGUCAAGGACUGGGCGUUAGUUGUUCGGAGUAUCGGUGCCUUUGUUGGUAUUGUUUUUGCCAUUCGUAAACUCCCAUGGGCCUCCACCCUCCAGGUAUCCCUAAGUUUGGCUCUGGUCAACCCAUUUCUAUGGUAUUUGAUUGACCGGUCAAAACCCGGCUUUUUGCUGUCCAUGGCAGUUGGGGUGACGGGAUCGGCGGUGCUCCUGGGCAUCAACCCCGACGUGAUGCCUACCCCUUCAUCCCUCACCUACCGGAACGAGUCUGAGAGGGCUUACGCGGAGCCCAUGACGCUGGGCGGUUUGGCAAGCCAGGAGACCAUCGAGACGGGGAUUUGGAUGUUGAGUGUCUUGUUCUGCAGUUGCGUCUGUUUUGGAAACAUUGGCAGGCGUUAG